CGCCCCCUCAUCACACGUACUUGCAGAAGCCACGUCCCUUCCCACUCGCAUACCUUGCGGCUGCUGAAGUGGAUGGAAGUGUUUUCCGUCGAAACUUCAGCAAAAUGAGCCUCCCUGACAGCAAGUCAUCACGAAAACAGUCUGCGGAGCCGCACUUGUCGGUUGUCCAGCUGAACAUUGGUGGUCGGUUGUACACCACCACUCUGAGCACUCUGCGGAAAUACCCCAACUCCAAGCUGGCCGACAUGUUCUCCGGGCCGCUGAAGCUUCAGAAGGACAGGGAGGGCCGCAGUUUCAUAGACCGGGACGGGACACACUUCGGUGCGAUCCUCGAGUACCUUCGCACGGAGGAGGUCCCAAACAAGAACUUGCUGGAGGUGCACAAGGACGCCGUGUAUUAUGAUAUAAAGCCCCUGGUGAAACUCCUCGAGGACACACCUCAGCUUUUCGGCGAGACCGUGGGAAGGCAGCAGUUCUUGUCUCGUGUGCGCAACUACCAUGAAAACCUGGAGGUGAUUAUCAGAGUCGCCAGAGCAGAAGCCAUGGCUUCGAGAUACUCCACAAUAAUCAUGUGCGUAUUAAGGACAGAGGAGGAUCUGGCGAGGUACAAUGAUGCUAUGGACAGUCUGGACUCUAAAAAGGAAUCUGUGGUCAGCUUUGGCCCCUGGAGUGCUCCAGCUACUGUAGAGGAUCUUCUGGAUUGCAUAAAAAUGGACAUAGAGGCCAAAGGGUAUAAAGUGAGCCUGAAAGCACACAACUUGGAUAAAGGGUUUCUUUUCAAGAGCCAUGGUUUCUUCUAUAAGCUUACGUUCACCUGGUGGUGACCACUUUCAAUUGGUUGUUUUUGUGAUGUCACAAAAACCAGUGUGUCUACAUAUAUACACCUAUUCAUAAGGCAGAUCAGCCCCACUCAUUGACUUUGAAGGGUUUCAGCCUAGGCUGCUUAUUGAAUGAGGCACAACACAGGGCAACCGGUCAGAACAGAGAUCGUUAGCAUAUAUGAGUUUCAAAGGCAAAGUAAGAAAAACAUCCAGUUAAACUCUAAGGGAUAAAGAGAAAGAUUGGAAAGUGGCCACGUAAAAUUUGGAUUAUUUUUGCUGCAUAAAACCACAUAAAUGUCAUAAGUCAACCUCAGGGAAAGAAACAGAAUACAUGAAAAUGUAUGAUAUUAAGAUUAAAUCACCCUUAUAAGUCCCACAAUGGGGAAAUUUCAUCUCCACAUUUAGCCCAUCCGUUUAGUGAAACACCACUAGUGAACACACACACUAGGGGGCAGUGAACACACUUGCCCGGAGCGGUAGGCAGCCCUAUCCACAGUUGGGGGUUAGGUGUCUUGCUCAAGGGCACCUCAGUCACGUACUGUCAGCUUCAGCUUAGAGAAUCAAACCGGUGACCUUCCAGGCACAAGGCUGGUUCCCUGAACUCCAGCCCACGACUGCCUUAUUAUCCCUUCAAUAUUGACCUUUAUUUGUCCUUUCAUCUUUCAUUCUCUUCCCUCUCAUUAAUCGAGGUUAUCCAGUAAAACGCCGUAUUUAGGCAGACGAAUUGCACCAUAGACGUCUGUAAUGCGCUACAAUACAAGUCUUAUGUGUACAGUAUUCUUCACUCUGAAAGCUUUAUCUCUCCUCCACUCCUCCAAGCCCAUUUAAAGGGCUCAUACCCUGUAUAUUUCCCAUAUUUUAUUAUUUCCCCUCUGUUCACUUAUGAUGUGCCAAAAACAUUAAUGUAUUUUUCCCUGACCAUUUUUCCAGGGCUGUUUACUGACCUGCCUUUACCUCUACAUUAAACAGGCUUUUGCAGGGACUUGAAGAAUGUACAUUCUGAUCAGUGGUGGACAGUAACUGAGUAAAUGUAAUUAGUUUCGAUACUUAAGUAUUUUUUUCAUGUAUCUGUACUGAAGUUUUUCCGU